AUGUUUUUCUCCCUUUGGUUAUUUUACGGUUAUUUUAUUUGUGGUGUGCACGCUAUUUCAACCGAAAGGGCUUCAAUGGAAAGCUCAGUUCACCUGCCCCCAAUGCUGAGCAUUGAAGUAGGAAAUUCAAAUAUAUCUCUUGUUCAUUAUUUUGAGAACGAUUCAGUGGCAUUGGAAAAACGUACCGAUGUAAAAGAUUGUUUGAAUACAGUCUGGAAGGGAGCAACUUGGGCAGUAAAUAAUAUUGAAAAGAUUACUCAAUGGAUACGUCAGCUCAAGGUCCUAGCUGACGAGAUUAAUGAUUAUUCUAUUAAGAAACAGUGUGGUUUAAUGAUUGGAACAAGUGGUGAGAUGAAAUACGCGUACUCAACGACCAGUAAAAAUUGUGAUACUACCGCAGAAAAGGAUACUAUUCAAGGAGCACUUGACAAAGCAUUUGAAAAAUACAUUGUAAAUAAUCUUAAUGCUGUUUGGUGUAUGGAGCUCUCACAUGGUGGCAGCUGGAAGGGGUAUGCACUCGUUGGACAUGGUGAAAGCUGGCCGUCCUAUAUAUGGUGUGGUUCUGGAAACAAGAACACAUGCGCCUCAGGUGGAAAAAAUGAUGUAAUCAAAAGAGAGUUGGACGGACAUGAUUCGGUUUACAUUAGCGGUAACUACACCGCCUAUGUGUAUAGUGACGGUAUGUUACUUCACAACGAAGAGAAGUAG